AUGCAGAACCAUUCGAUCAAAGAAUUCAGCCAUUCGCUCAAAGAAUUUCGUGUUGUUCUGCCGAUGUCAGUAGAUGAGUACCAUAUAGGACAGCUGUGGUCGGUUGCUCAGGCCAGCAAGAAUGAAACAGGGGGCGGGGAAGGUGUGGAGGUGAAAGUCAAUGAACCUUUUGAUGAGACAAACAAUGCACCGAGUCCCAAAUUGCGAGCCAAUGGCAUCGACUUCACACAUGGACAGUACACACACAAGAUUUACCACUUAUCCUCCAAGGUUCCCGGGUUUGUGAGAAUAUUAGCUCCCAAAGGAUCUCUGGAAAUCCACGAGAAAGCCUGGAAUGCUUAUCCUUACUGUCGAACUGUUAUCACGAAUCCAGAUUUCAUGAAGGAUGAUUUUUACAUUAUCAUUGAGUCAUUCCAUGCACCAGACAAUGGAAACACAUACAAUAUUCACGGCUUGCAAGGUCGAGAUUUAAUGGCUCGGGAAGUGGUAAAAAUAGAUAUUGCCAACGACAAAGUGGCACCGAAGGACUACAAACCUGAAUGGGAUCCCUGCUUGGUCGGUUCUCCCAAGGCAGGAAGACCUCCUCUUCCCAGAGAUAAGACAGGAGAGUGGAUGAACAAAGUCAAGCCAAUCAUGUGCGCCUAUAAACUCGUCAAAGUAUGGUUCAAAUGGUUUGGUCUUCAGAAACGUAUGGAAGCAUUUGCGUUAGUACAAGAGCAGCGGUUAUUUUUAAACUUUCACCGCCAAGUGGUUUGCUGGACAGAUGAGUUUUACGGUUUGACAAUGGAAGACAUCAGACGUCUGGAAGCAGAAGUCAAAGAAGAAUUAGAAAGACAAAGACAGGAAGGUCCUGUUCGUGGAAUGACGGUGUCAGAGAAAGAUGAGGAAUCGUGA